AGCUGUGAUUCAUGCAAGAGUGCCUGCUACCUUACUGAGAGGAAUACAGGAAGAUCCAAAAAUAUCCCAACACAACACAGGAAAACGCUACACAACAACCAACUUUUGAAGAGCGCUGAGAAGUCUGUACUGUAUACGCAAUCCUACGCGCACUACAUUGCCCACUGCGCAUUGAACUCGGACACGUCGCUUCCUAUAGGAGAUAACAAGUCUUGUUUUUCUUCCGCAUGACGUCAGAGGUAGGUGGGUCCACUGCUGGUUAGGGCAGGUAAGCGCAUGACAGGGAGGCGGAGCCACUGCUGGGCGCAGGACAGGUAAACGCGCACAGGUGGGGGAGCGCGGCAUUAAGUUUCACAGUAGCGCGUAACAAUACGCGCACGAGCCCCCGGGAAUUGCGUUUUUGUACGACGAUGACAGGAAACAAGGUCAGCGAAUACCCUUUGGAAUAAGCAACGUCCAAUUGAGCUUUUUGUCAAAUCUCGAUUGUUUGGAGACACUUUUGUCGUGGAAAUGAUCAGUUCGGAUGCUUUGCGCCCGAUACAGAACCCUGUGCGUAAAGGGAAACUCGCCGCAAGGCUUGAGGACGUAAAGACCACUUGGAGACACGGAACGACCCUCGAGCUGAGCCACAAUGAAACGGCACGGCUCGCCACGGACGCGCUCCUGGAACACGGGGAGAAGGAGUAUCGCAAAGUCCUACAGGAUGAACGGGAGGUGAACUUUCUCUCCCCGCUCGAAAUACGCUAUAUCACGGAAAAUGUAGCCAAGACUGCAGACGCCGAUAGCGGAACCAACGGUCUGGACGUGGAGGACACCGUGUCGGAGCUGACAUCAGGGACCUAUUUUCCUAUGAUGUCCGAUGAGGAACCUCCAAUGUUGGAGCUGGGCUGGCCGGAGACGUCGAACCGUAUCGGUCCCACGGAGGCGCAGAUAUUCUUUCAGAGGGAUAAGAGCCAAAAUGUCAAAGAUUUGAUCCGAUCUCUCAUCAGUAAAGCGAAGAAGGUUAUUGCUGUAGUCAUGGAUAUUUUUACAGACGUGGAUUUGUUCUGUGAUUUAAUGGAAGCUUCCAACAAGCGCCGAGUUCCCGUUUAUAUUCUGCUGGAUGAGAAGAACCUCUGUCAUUUUUUGAACAUGUGCUCAGAACUGGACAUCCAGAAUUCGCACCUCUCUAAUAUGAGGAUAAGAAGCGUAUGCGGGGACACGUAUUGCACCAAAAGUGGAAAGAAGUUCAGCGGUCAAGUUCAGGAGAAAUUCAUGAUCAUUGACUGUGAGGAAGUUCUGGCUGGAUCAUAUAGUUUUACGUGGCUUUCCGCUCAGGUGCACAGCAACGUGGUCAUGCAUUUCUCCGGUCACAUCACCGACUGCUUCGACCGGGAAUUCCGCUGCAUGUACGCCGAUUCCCAAAUCAUAGACCGUUUCUACAAUCCAGACGAGGAAGGGCUUCCUACGUACUCCUUCAACAUGAUGGCCCCACGUAUGGGGCUGGACUUCCUUCCGGACUUCAGCAGCAAGGAGCGAGUCUACUCCGAAAACUCCAGUAGCCAAUCCAGUAGUAGCGUUUCCAGUAUCAAAGCCGCUCCUCCGGGUACAAAGUCUUACAAAGUCACGCAAGACAAGAAGAACCAUGAAAGCUCCCAAAAGACUCACGACAGGAAAGGUGGUCAUCACGUUCCGCACGGAAACCAUCUCGGAAAAAGUUCCCCCAACGGUACCCAGCAACCCCACGCGGUGGAACGUCGUCCCUCUUUAGGGCUAUCUGCCGGAGCGGAAUGGUCCAAAGGUGGAACGGCGGAUUACAUGCGCUCAAACAUCGCUGGACAGACAUCCAAAUUGCAGGCUUUAGGUCUCUACGGCGCUCCACAACCUCCAUCUCAGCCGUCUUCCACCGAGAGCAAAAUCUCUCCUAAACAUCGAGGUGCUCCGUUUCUCAGUAAGUUUACUGAUUUAUUUACACCCUCGGCCAAGGAGAAAGACCCCAUCGUCUACCAGAAGCCGCCCCCUUAUACUUCUCCUUUCGGAGGCCCGGAUCUUUCGCAGAAUGAACCGGAGAGCAAGCAAGUUCUCCCUCCACCGGGACCAUUGCCGGUGGGCCCAGAUAAAGGUAUAUAUCGACGGGAUGAGAAACGCAUGACGUUAGGUCACAGCAAACUGGACAUGCUCAACCAAUACAACAAGAUGAAAUCCAAACAGGUAUACAGUCGUUUCGAGCUUAAGAGCAACUUACCUCAAUAACACUGCGGCACGUUAUGUGCUGGUCACACUUUCUGUACAUAUUGACAGUUUUUAUAAAUUGAGGACUUUGUGUAUACUCAAAUGCAAAGUGAAAGAUAAAAUGAGUGUUUUUGUACGCAUAUUGUGUUUUUACUAAUAACAAUAUAGUACAAGUAUAAAUGCUGCUUUGAAUUCGGGGAAAUCAUCGCUAUCAUACCAUAAAGCAAUUAUUUUCGUGUAAUUCAAGGUUAGCAUUGGUAUAAAGUACUAUUAGUAGUAUUUUUGUGCUGUAUAUACUGUAUAUAACCUGCUAUAUACAAAACGUUGGGAAUUUUUUUGUACUGUUGAUGUCUAUUCGCCACGUUAGCCGGCAAAGUUGUCUGCCAGUAAGUAUUACCCUUGAAUAGCAUCAUUUAGGGGUUUACAGAUGUGUAGUCUUCCAAACGUUUUCAUGUUUUUGUACUAGAAUGUGAUCGAUAUGCAUUUAAUUUAUACACAUAAAAAAUGCUGGGUUAUUUUCAGUAUAAGCCAUUGGGUUAAAUAACCCAGAAAAUCGUUAUAUUCCCACACGGCAAAAAUAUAUAUUUUCAAAUAUAAUUUUAAAUCUAUUUUUAAAAAAUGGCCAAAAAAUUACGGCGCUCCAAAGGGGGCAUGGAGCAAAAAUGUAAUAAAGUUUAGUUUCACGUGCGUGCGUGAUAGUUUCACAUGCGCGUGCGAAACUAAACUUAAAAAAAUUCGGCACAUGAAAGUUUCACGUGAGCACAUGAAACUAAACUUUAGAUUUUUUUACUCCAAUGCUAGGUAAAAAUAUAUGUGCUGAAAUAUUUUUUUAAAUAUGUUUACAAAAUGUAUUUUUCACUAUUUUUUUAAACAUAUUUUAAAAAUAAAUAUAUUUUAUUGCAUUUAUUUUCAGGUCACAUUGGAAGAAAAACUGUAGACAUAACAGAUUUGAAAAGGUUAAAAUAACAUAUUUUUAAUUGUAAAAAUAUAUAUAAUCUUAUACAUACAUAUACAUUUUAUACAUAUAAUUUGGUCAGGAAAAAAAAAAUAUUAUAUAUAUAUAUAUAUAUUUGCCUUAUGGUUUGUAAAUUUAGAAAUGUUUUGUUGCCCCUGAAAUACAUUUUGAAAUAUAUUCUCAUAUAUAAAGGUUAAAACUUAAUAUAUUUUUAAAUUCAAAAAUAUAUUAAAUAAAGCUGUACUUUCUACAAAAUGUAUUUAGCAUAUAUUUAAAAAUAUUUUGGUCCAGAGAAAUGUAUUUAUUUUUAUAAUGUAUUAUGUGUUUGACCCAACAAUGGGUUAAAACAACCCAGCAUAGGUUAAAUUACAAGCCAAAGGGCUGGGUUUUGACCCAAUGCUGCUUUGAAAGUAACCCAGCAUUUUUAUUUACAGUGUACUGAAAUGCAUUCUGGGUAAUGCUGCGGUUAGCAGCUCGAUUAGCCUAUAUAAGUACUGUAUUACUUUCAUAAGGGCGUAGACUUUGUUGCAAUGCAAGCUAAUUGCUUAAAUAAACAUUUUUAGUCAAUGAAGUAUAAGCUUGUCACAUGUUCACACAUUUAUAAAAGUUUUAUACAUUUUGUGAAUAUGUGAAUAUAGAAGUGUUUGUGAUAGCACAACUAGUGCCUCUGAAUGCUAACUAGCAUUUGAUUGAUUUGUUAGCAUUUAAACGCACGCUUGACGUGUUCUUGUCACGGUGUCAACUUUAAUUUGACAUCAAACCAGUUAGAUAAGUUCUCUAGCACAUUCUUAAUCUGUUUGCUUUGUGUUCGAGAGAGGGAAUACUGUGAAUACUUGAGCUUAAAAUGAUGACGGAUGAAAUACAGAUGUCGAUGUUUAUGAUCCCAAAUCGGUUUCUAUUACUAAAUGUUUACUCGAUAUGAGUAAAAAUACAGUACAUGUAUAAAAACCCUUUAGUGAAAAAGUACACUGUAAAAAUGUACACAACUUGAAUUAAAUAAGUAAUUUCAACUUUUUUGACUAGUUAGAAGUCAACGUUGAAAUGACUUUACAGUGUACUGUUUCAAGAUCAUGUUUUUUAUAAUAUAAAGUGUAUGAGUGUGAUUAUAGAUAAUUGAAGAAUUAUAACUUUUUACUCAUCAUUGUUAUGCAAGCGACACACCUGUUGAAAACCUGCUCAAAAAAUGUUUUUCUGAGGUCUUGAACUUGCCCACAGCUAUUUAACAUUAUUGGUUCAUUACCAGUAAGUUAGUCAGUGCCUAGUUUUCUUUUCAAACAUGCAUUUUUUUUUUAAGUAAUAAAUGUGUACAAAAAUCGAAAUGUUAUAAUCUGUUCUAAUAUCAUGACUUUGGGGGUGUUUUACAUGUGUAUUUAAUGUUUAAACAUACUUUUUAAAUCUGUAAUGUGUGACAACUUUUCCAGCAGUGUUACAAACAGGUGACAACCAUAAAUCAAUAAAGUUUUUUUCUAAAA